GUACUCGCACCCUCACACACACUCUCCCGAGAACCAGAAGUCGGUUGGGUGUUUAUAUAAUGAAGAAUUAUGGGGCUGUUUGAUCGAGGUGUUCAAAUGCUUUUAACCACCGUUGGUGCUUUCGCUGCCUUCAGUCUGAUGACCAUAGCUGUGGGAACCGACUAUUGGCUCUACUCCAGAGGGGUUUGCAAGACCAAAAGUGUCAGUGAGAAUGAAACCAGCAAAAAGAACGAGGAAGUUAUGACCCAUUCUGGAUUAUGGAGAACCUGCUGCCUAGAAGGGAACUUCAAAGGUCUCUGCAAGCAAAUCGAUCACUUCCCAGAGGAUGCAGAUUACGAAGCCGACACAGCAGAAUACUUCCUCCGGGCUGUGAGGGCCUCGAGCAUUUUCCCCAUCCUGAGUGUGAUUCUGCUCUUCAUGGGUGGACUCUGCAUCGCGGCCAGCGAGUUCUACAAGACUCGACACAACAUCAUCCUGAGUGCCGGCAUCUUCUUCGUGUCUGCAGGUCUGAGUAACAUCAUUGGCAUCAUAGUGUACAUAUCUGCCAAUGCCGGAGACCCCUCCAAGAGCGACUCCAAAAAGAAUAGUUACUCGUACGGCUGGUCCUUCUACUUCGGGGCCCUGUCCUUCAUCAUCGCCGAGAUGGUCGGGGUGCUGGCCGUGCACAUGUUUAUCGACCGGCACAAACAGCUGCGGGCCACCGCCCGCGCCACGGACUACCUCCAGGCCUCUGCCAUCACCCGCAUCCCCAGCUACCGCUACCGCUACCAACGCCGCAGCCGCUCCAGCUCCCGCUCCACCGAGCCCUCACACUCCAGGGACGCCUCCCCCGUGGGCAUCAAGGGCUUCAACACCCUGCCGUCCACGGAGAUUUCCAUGUACACCCUCAGCAGGGACCCCCUGAAGGCCGCCACCACGCCCACCGCCACCUACAACUCCGACAGGGAUAACAGCUUCCUCCAAGUUCACAACUGUAUCCAGAAGGAGAACAAAGACUCUCUCCACUCCAACACAGCCAACCGCCGGACCACCCCCGUAUGAAGCCCGCGGGAGUCUCGCCAGCCU